AUGCCGCUCGCGCCCAACCAGCAGCCGUGCCCCGGCCAGCGGCGGCUGCUGUCGACGGAGCGCAUUGAGUCCAACAUUCCAAAGGGCGGCACCAGCGAGACGUGGGUGUACCCGUCGCCGCAGAUGUUCUUCAACGCCCUGCGGCGGAAGGGCAAGGGGGACGACGUGAGGGAGGAGGACAUGGAGUCGGUUGUGCGCGCACACAACACCAUGAACGAGGUGACGUGGCAGCGCGUGCUGGACUGGGAGCAGCUGCACUGCGACAGCUGCCGCUACCCCACACUGCUCAACCCCCUGGCACGGCUGCGCGGCUGGCUGGGCGGCCCGCUGCCGUUUGACCGCCACGACUGGGUGGUUGAUCGAUGCGGGCGGGAGGUGCGUUACGUCAUCGACUUUUAUUACUACGAUGACAAGGCCGGCACGCCAGAG